UUGUAACACGCAGUCUUGGAAUCAAACAUACUAGUAUUUCGUGUAAGUGGAUCGAAAGUGCGAGAAGUAUUCUCACUUGAUUCUACCGUCGUCGGUAUCGUCAGAUUUUCAGGAUCGGAGUGGUUUGAUGUGCAAGUCGAGAUUAAUUUCUUAGAAAAAUAAAAGAAAGAGUUCGUAACAGGGUGAAGUAACAGUUUGAAGGAAAAAAAGUGAUUCUUUUCCUCGUAUUCCUUGAGCUUUCUUGCUCGAAUUCGGGAUUUGUGAGCUGUGAGCGUAUAGGUGGUAAUCAUAUCAUUCGCGUAACGAUCAAACGUGAGACUAUGAAAGUUGGAAUGGGUCUUCAAAUAAUCAUGUCCCUUCUGCUGGCGAUAUCAAUAUUUUCGCCGCCGAUGUCUGGUGCCCUCACCACUUUUGGAAAGACACCGCAGAAUCAAAACCAGAAUCCGCCGCCGCCACCUACGCCAAUUGGUAAAGCUCGCGAGUGCAAGAUGGAAAGUGAAUGUGCUGGAAUUCCAAACACAACAUGCAUAGCAGAUCCCCGAGAUGGAAGAACUCGAUGUCUCUGUGGCGAUUACUCGGCACCGCUUAAUGGCAUUUGCACCAAUAAAUUUAAAGCACUUCGUGCAACUUGCAACAGCGAUUCAGAGUGCAUAGAAGAUGCUUAUUGCAUUCAACGCAAUAGUACUUUGGGGAAACGCUGUUAUUGCCGAGAGGGAUUUUACGAAGAAGGCCCGAUGAGUUGUGAUGGUUGCUCAUCCAUCUUCAACGUGUAUACGACGUCUCUUCUGAUUGCUUCACUCGUCUUAGGAAGAUUUUACAUAUAAAUUUUCAAAUCUUCAAUUUCUCAAAGAAUCACCUUAAAAAUUUUCGAAUUCAUACAAUAACCUACAGUAAAAAAAUGUAACAUUCAAUGCAAUUCUUUAAGCUAAUGAAUCUCAAAAGAGAAUUAAUGGUUGAAAAUAUUAUUUAUAAAAGUAUCAAUAAUAAUCUUGUAACUUCAACGAAAGUGUUUAAGCAAUAUAGAUACAUGUAUGGAUACGUUCAAGUUUCAAAAUAGUGAUGAACGUUUAUGUGUCAAAUAGUUAUGAAUUUUUAUCGGAUUUUGACCAAGGGUAUCAAUAAUUGUAUCCUUUCUUUCAAUUAUAGUUUUCUUAAAAAAAUUCUAUUUUAACGAGAAUUUGAUUAAUCGUCAUUUUCUCCACAAAUUUUCAGCAAAGUACUUAUAUGAAAUAGUAAGAUAUUAAUAUAGUAUUCCAUAUUCCGUUAUUUUUGAUUAUUUAAUGCAUAGAUAUUGUUGAUUUUUUCAUUUUAAAAUAGCUGUAAUUAUGUACCUUACUUGUGAUCCGAAGAAAUAUGCGAAUUUAGGUUUUUUCUUUGAAAAUAUCAAGUUGUUUAAAGUUUCUAUUCAAUUUUAAUUUCUAUUCAAUUCCAAAAA